ACGUCAAUGUCAAUGAACGUCAAAAAAAAUAUUUAAGGUUAUGUGAAGAGUUUUAAAAAAAUAUAAAUAAUUUAGAGGAUUUAAUAAUUUAUUAACUUUAGCAUAUCGAUUUGAUUACAAAAAUACUGAUUUGAUGAUAUUACAAAUUUUAUAUUUAUUCAUCUCAUUAUAAAGUAGGAUCUAUUGGAAGAAUCUAAAUAUGUCUACAAAGCGGCCUGUAUCAUGGUUUUUAACAGAAAAAGGUCGAAAGUUUUCAUUUUCACUAAUAACUGGCACCAGUCUCGUUCUUACUGCAGCAAAAUUUACUCCUCACACAUUUUUCUUGCAGAAUUACAAAGACUUUGUACAUUAUUAUAAUGAAGGAAAGCCGGUAGAGCUUCCAAAUGAUCUACAUAAGACAUACCAGAAAUGUAUGGAUCUACUAAAGUUACCUGAAACACACCGGAAACUUAUUGAACCAUUCAGUGUAUUUGGAUUUGACCUAUUUCAUGCUGGUAGCACCAGUUCAAGAUUUGGUGCAUUAGUUGGAAUUCCUGUGAAUUUUACAUAUAAAAACUUGGAAGACAUUGAAAAGCAAAAUAUCCAGGUCAAUCAAAAAACACUUAAUCUGAAAUCAGAAAUUGGAAAUAAAUUAGGUGAAGCUCUCAUCUUACCCGAUAAAGUUAAAGAAUUUGCAAUAUGCAGAGAAAUACUUAUGACUCAAAAUAAUAAAGUGAUGUUUGAGUCUUCUUAUCCAUUUAUUUGUCUUUUCUUUGCAUAUAACUUGUCUCAAUACUGUAACAGAAGGUAUAAUUUAUAUAAUGCUCCACAAGGUAUUAGAGGUGUAAUAUAUUCUAUUGUUGGUUUGUUUAGUUUAGGCACUUAUUUUCUUAUGAAAGAUAUGACUGAAGUUUACUAUGAAACAGUAGCUGACAAGAAAUUGUGUGAGCUUGGCCCAGAUUACAUAAAAAGUGGUGUAACAUUCUAUGACAAACUAUUACAAAGAAAUCAAGCGUUAAGAGAAUUGAUGGGCAAAGAGGGUGAAAAGAAAUACACUAUAAAUGGCAACGAAAACUAUUUAAUAAGACAACCUCAUAUUGCCUUGGUUCAUAGAAAACAAUACUUUGAACACAGGUUGAAACAAAGUAAUGAAAAUCUGGAAGAAAAUGUUUUAAGUGAAAGUCAAGUGUUGUAAUUAUUUUAAUUUAAUAAUUAUCUAAGAAGUGCAAUAUAUUAAGUCAAUGAGUGAGACACUAAAGUAGAAACUCGAAAAUAGAUGAAGGUGUUUGUGCUUUUUUUGGUAACUCUGUACUGUGACUGCAAAUACCAUGAUACUUCAUAUUUUGUUCCUCAAUAUGUUUGUAAUGAUAUGUAUCUAAUGAAAAUAUUACUCGGUAAUAUAGAUGACUAUAGAGAGUUAACUUUUUUGUUAUUGAAGCCCAAGAACCUUUUAUAGUUAGUCCAAAACAGAUUUAUUUAAUACUUACUAUUGACAUUAGAAUAUGUGACAAUUUUUAUCCAAUAAUGAAACCGUUAAAUUUAUUUAAUGUCAACAUAUUAAAUAUAGACUUCUGAAACAUU